GGAUGAGUAUAUAGGUUCUAAAUUAUUAGGUUGAAGAUUUGGGGUGGUUAAUGAAAUAGUAAGAAAAAAAAUAAUUAUUAGAUCCAAGAAGAAGUGUCAAUGGACAUUCAUGUUGGAUAACAACAAACACAUAUUGGAAUUGGAGUUCUCUAUUCUGAGUGGAAAGAGAAAAUUAGUUUUAGAUGGCAGAGUACUUCACGAAAGCAUGUAACUGCAAUUCUAUUCUCAGGAUGCUCACUUCCUAGUUUUAAUACCCCUUUACUCUUGAUGGGUUUGCAUUAAGCAUUCUUCAACAGGGGGACACAUUUGAAUUGAGAAUUAACAAUAAGGACUUCUCUCAUCUCUACAACCAAAGUAAUUAGCUCUUCUUCCAAAAUAGUUAAAACCAAUGCGGCUUUUCAGAACGAAGAUAAUAAACCAUAUGAAAAUCCUUCUUUUGAAUCUCACAAUUUUGACUUUGAAAACCAUCCCAAGUAUAUUAUCAAUUCAUCAUCCUUCAUUAGAAAAAUGAGCUUAAACUUUAAAUUUGAGAACCCAAAAGAUGUGUCUCCCAUUUAUUAAAAAGCAUCUACAACUUAAUAGAUAAAGUAAAGGAAACAAAAUAAUUCUAGGACAUCCACAGCUUUUGGAUAACCUGGAGCCUUUGAAGAAUUUGAGUAAUUUGGUAAGGUGUAAAAGACUGAAAAUCCCUUUGGAGAUUCCUUUUAGGUUUCAGGAUUCACUUCAGCUGAUACUCCUUAGACAGUUUAAAAACAAGCAAGUAUCUCAAUGAAUUUAAAUAGAAAUUGAUCUAUUAGAUAUAGAUGACGAUACACCACAAAAAUCACAAACAGUAGAUGUAGAUCCGUUUUAAUAAUAAUAAAAUUCUUAAUAAACAUAAUAAACAGGACUAUUUGAUGCUUUUGGCACUGGUUGGAAUUAACAACAGCCGCAAUAAGGUUAAUAAAACCUGCUUUAAGAAUCUAAUAAAAGUUCACAGCCAUUUGAGUACUUGAUUAUUCAAAUUUAGUGCCUUUAAUUUAGUUGGAUCAGUAGGACAAAUUGGAUCAGUACCUGCACAAUAAGGAUUUUCUAAUCAGUAAGGGGGAUUUCAAUCUUUUGAUUAACGAUUUCCAGAGCCCCAGAAAUAAGAACAAUUAAAGAUCUUAAAUCUAUACAGGAAUCAACAACCUGUAGUUGGUAAUUUGGCUUAUUCAGCAUUUCCUUAAGUUUAUACACAACCAAUGGUUUAAUAAUAGCCAACACCAUUUGAUCUAUUCAGAUGA